GCAGAAGAAGACCAGUACCACGUGUUCGUACACAUGUGUGAGGGAUGGCGAACUGGACGGAGGAGGACGGAUCUACAAAACCAGUCACAAACUCCGCAGAUGUGUCCACCAAGGCGCAGAUAUCAGGUGGAGAUGCCGCGGUGGUUCCGUGUCUGAUCCCGUCGUUCGCGUACGCGGUGAAGCUGCUGGACUCGCGUUACUCGUGUCUAGUUCUGGACACUCAGCGCAAACACAUCGCGCUGCCGCCCGUGUACCUGCGCAAGAAACGCACCGGAAUUCAGGAAGAACUCAACGCCGAACUGCUCAAAUACUCCAGCAGUCUGAAAGGCGUUCCUUUAGCUUAUGAUAAUAUCAAAGUCAUUGGACAGCAUGGAGAUAUAUAUGAUGAUCAAGGAUUUAUUCACAUAAACAUCGAGGCUUCAUUUGUGAUCUUCAGACCGAAGAAAGGAUCUAAGCUUGUGGGUGUAAUUAAUAAAAUCGGAGUGGGUCAUGUAGGAUGUCUUGUUCAUGGAUGCUUUAACGCAUCAGUAGUGAAGCCCAGUCUGCUGACCCCAGAGCAGUGGAGGGACUCUGUACUGCGUUUUGGAGGUAGUCUGGAGUUUGAGGUCUUCCAACUGGACGCUGAUGCUGCAGGUGUGCUGCUUAUCAGAGGAAGGCUGGAGAAAUCCAGGGUGCAGGAGCUUGUGGCCCAAACUGAACAAAAUGAAGCCCUUAAAGAACCGACAACAGAAUCAGAAACCACAGAAGAUACAAAUGACAAUCCAAAGCCCAAGAAGAAGAAAAAGAAAGACAAACGCGAAAAGGAGUCUGCUGUGGAGGUGUCUAUAAACGACAGCAACUUGCAGGAAACAUCUGAAAACCAUGAAACGAACGUGGACACAAUGGAGGUGGACUCCAAUUCAAAUGGACAUCACAAAGAGAAAAAGAAAAAGAAGAAGAAAGACAAAAGAAAAGAGUCAGAUGAGAGAUUACCCUCCGAUCUUCUAGCGAGUGACUCCAGCGGGUAUAUCAGUGAUAAGACCAGCAGGAAGAGACGGGCGCCUGGGAGCGAAGAAACCCUCCAGGACUCCUCUGAAAUGCCUGUUGCUAAAAAGAAAAAAAGGGACAAAUGAUUUUCUUUCAGAAAUAAGAGGGUUUAAUAAACUUUUAACAGUGAUCUGAAAGAGGCUUGAAUGUCAGUAAGAUACUAAAGGGUAUGUGUGAUUUAUAUUUACAGAACAUAAUAAAUGCUGCCUUUUUAACAAGUCUGGAAAACUUGUAAUGCUUCUUUUUACCUGAAGAGGGCAGUAUGUAUUCAAAUUUCUCUGCACUGUUAAACUCAAAAUCCUAAAACGUUCUCAAUUUCCCUUUAUUAUAAAAGUCUUGAUUCUAGUGUUGUAAAAGGAAAGCUCAUCAAAUGAGAUUUUAGAAUCACAACUAUCUAUUUUAUUAUUAUUAUGGACAUACAGGUGCACUUUCCUGUUCUGCCAGUAUUUUCUAUUUUUACACAUGCACAGAACAUGGUAAAUACCAGUAAAAUUAACCUUAAAAUAACAUAUAUAGUAAACCUAUAGCUUAUUAUCGUAAUAUUAAUAGACUAUGAAUAUUAAUACUUAUAAUGAUGUUCAGUGCAAACAAAUAACAUAACGGUCGACCUAUUAAACAUGAAUGUAGGUGAGAGAGGUCUAAUAUUAGUGUUGAAUUAAGCUUUUACAUGUACGGUAAAACUUUAUAGCUUUAUUAAUUUAAAAAUUCACGCAAUGAUUCUGUAUACUUUCUGUCAAGCAAACUCUCCGUCCUAAACCGAUGCAGCUCCUAUCGCUAUUACGAGUGAAGAUGAAGUAAUGCUUGUUUGCAGUCAUUAAAACUUAGGACGUACUCACACUAGGCCCGGUUGCCUUGUACCAUGCCCAAGCAUGAUUGUCCCCACUCCCCCGCUGGCCUUCACUCACAUUGCAUUUAACGUUCUGGGCCUGAGCACGUUUACGUCAUUAUGAUGUGACUUUUUGUUUUGAAGAAAACAGGAAGCGCUCUCGCAGAGCACAGUGGAGUCCAUCGUUGUAAUGUUACUUACUUUGUGACUUAUUUUGAGUUGUGUGGGGCACGGUGACACGCGGCCUUCUCACAUACCUAAUUGUCGGCAGCAUCGUACCACUGGGAUUUACCAUUUUGUCCGAGUUGCCAGAUUAAUGGAGAGCAUCCCGGUACCUUCAGAUUCUGAAUCCGCAGUUUAUUCAGCUUGUCACGUCAUUGCUCAGUGGUUCUUUGAUAUCCACGAGCACGAAGAUAGUUGUGAAUUCUACCACAUAUCUCGUAGUUCUUGUGUGUUCUAUCCAGUUUUUCCUGUAUACUCUCGUCUGCCCAAAAAGACUAGGAAAGCUUCAGUCCCAGACGGUGUUUCACCUGCCUGUCUGAAAGUCUGCGCUGACCAACUGGCCCCCAUCUUCACACAGAUCUUCAAUAGAUCACUGGAGCAGUGUGAAGUUCCCUGCUGCUUUAAACGCUCCACCAUCAUUCCGGUCCCUAAAAAAAUAAAAAAUCACAGGAUUUAAUGACUACAGACCUGUCGCUCUCACGUCUGUGGUCAUGAAGUCGUUUGAGAGACUGGUUUUGGCCUACCUGAAGGUCAUCACUGGACCCCUGCUAGACCCCCUUCAGUUUGCUUACCAAGCCAACAGGUCUGUGGAUGAUGAUGCCAACAUGGGACUUCAUUAUAUCCUGCAACACCUCGACAGACCUGGGACUUAUACAAGGAUCCUAUUUGUUGACUUCAGUUCAGCCUUCAAUACCAUCAUGCCUGAUCUUCUCUCAACCAAACUGACCCAGCUCUUCGUGCCCACCCCAAUCUGUCGAUGGAUCACCAGCUUUCUGACAGAUAGGCAGCAGCUAGUGAGACUGGGGAAACUCACAUCCGGGACGCUCACUAUUAGCACUGGUGCGUCUCAGGGAUGCGUUCUCUCUCCACUGCUCUUCUCCCUGUACACAAAUGACUGCACUGUAAAGGACCCCUCUGUUAAGCUCCUGAAGUUUGUAGACAAUACCACGGUCAUCUGCCUCCUCCGCAAAGGUGACGAGUUUGCAUAAAGACAGGAGGUUGAACGGCUGGCUGGUGUGGUCACAACAACCUUGAGCUGAACAUGCUCAACAGUGGAGAUGAUAGUGGACUUCAGGAGAAAUCCCCCCACACUCCACCUUCUAACCAUCCUGAACAGCACUGUGGCAGCAGUGGAGUCAUUCAGGUUCCUGGGCUCUACCAUCUCUCAGGAGCUGAAGUGGGACACCCAUAUAGAUGCCAUUGUGAAAAAGUCUCAGCAGAGGUUGUACUUCACCAGCUGAGGAAGUACAACCUGCCACAGGAGCUGCUGACUCAGUUCUACUCGGCCGUCAUUGAGUCUGUCCUGUGUACAUCUAUAACUAUCUGGUUUGGUUCAGCCACCAAAUCAGACAGAAGGAAACUACAACGGACAGUCCGGUCUGCUGAGAGGAUUAUUGGUGCCCCCCUGCUCACCCUCCAAGACCUGUACAUCUCCAGAGUGAGGAAACAUGCAGGUAGAAUCACUCUGGCCCCAUACACUCUGCCCACUCCCUCUUUGAACUGUUGCCCACUGGCCGCGCUAGAGAGCACUGAGCGCCAGGACAUCCAGGCACAAGAACAGUUUUUACCCUCAGGCCAUUUUCCAUAUGAACAAUUAAACUGCCUUCAGGACUCCCCCUUAGUGCAAUAAGGUAAAUAAAUAUCUCACGUACGUAUGUAAAUUCACUCAUAUUUAAUUCAAUAACUGUACAUACCCCUACCUUGCACAUAUAUUACCACUUGCACAUGUACAUGCGCCAUUCUGUGUUAUAUGUCCUACUAUUUGUAUGUCUAUUUAUACUCUUACCUUGUUUUAUAUUGUGUCUCACUGUAAUGUUCUGUGUGCACUUGUUUCUCCUAUCACCCAAAAAAAUUCCUUGUGUACGUGAGAACACUUGGCAAUAAAGCUCAUUCUCAUUCUGUACUUUUAUGUCGCUUGUUUACAAUGAAAAUAGCUACCCAGCCUGCCUGACAGCUUUCCAAAGAUGCCCGCAGAGUGGACUUGCUUACCUUGAAUGGGACUUUGAAAUAUUAACCAAUCACGACCAAGUACACUGAUAAACAAGUGCAUGUGACUGCGCACCGUUGCCGCAGGAACCUAGAAAAGAGGCCAAUGUGAAAGCCCAAACGCAACGUGUUGCGCACGCCUCGCUCAAGGAGUAUGUGUGAGUCCAGCGUAAUAUGCCAUGGGUUCCCUCGGGAAUUUCACUAUGGGUUUUAGGAUUGGGGAUUUUCAAUUUAUGAGUAAAAUCUGACUUGACACUUGGAUGUUUUGUUCUACAAAAUAAAUGACACCCAGUUGUACCUCAAACGUGAAUUUUGAAGCUGCCGUGCUUAAAAAAAAUCUGUUGCUAACAAGUAGCUAAAUAAGGACUACAGCUCCCUCAAGCAUGUGAGCAACGUAAAACCGUUUUAGUUCUUAUCUAGCAACUUGUUAGCAAAAUAAAAAACAGCGGCUUCCAAAUUCACGUUGAGGGUGUGACUACAUGUAAUUAACUCUAUAGUUGUACUGUUCAAAAUGAAGUCAUUUUAACACUUUCUGUUUGGAACAGACUUCAUGUAUCCACUAAAAAUCACGUUGGGACGAAUGAGUUAAGUCUUCGCAAAAAUGGCUAAGUAUUCGAAGUUUGUUGGAUUUGUUUGCUGAUACCAUGUGUGCAGUCAGUGUGAUUCAUGUAAUGUUCUGGACUGCCAGGAAUCGAUCCUGAAGACAUUGAGGUGUGUGGGAAUGCUCUCCUCCUCUGUGAGUAAGUGUGCGUAAGGGGAACAGUUUAUGAACAUCAGUACAGUAAAUCAAAGAGUUUUACUGAAAGAUCAGUUCUUCAGCCAGAGCGGCCCAUCAAAUACACUGUGUGGUUUUCUUUUAUCACGCGGGAGUCGGCUGACGUCACAUUAAGACCACUUCACACCCUAUGUUGCCAUGUGCUCUAACUAUAACCGACUUCACAGUUUUUAUUUUUUAUUACUAUUAUUAUUUUUCCUUAAUUCCCAUAUAAAUAUGGGCAUACUCGUUGAGUUUUGGGGGGAAUACUUUCUGAAUACAGUAGCAUAUUUGGGUUUUCAAUAGUGGUUGGCCCCUGCAGCACAUUACUGACCGAUCACUAAAAGCAGUUGUCAUAUUCUACUGUUUGUGACACUAUACAAAAUGUUAUUGUUAAUUACCGUAAUAGUAAUCAGCGUAUCGCUGUGCAUUGUCUAUCAAAAAUCAGCGCAUUAAAAAAUGACAGCGCAAGAAACCGUGUUUACAUAUAUAUGAAAUCAUCAGGUUAUUCUCUGCUUUUGUCAUCAAAACAUAAACAGGCAUGCACACAACAUUGCACACAUUGGAUAAGCCAGUUAAAAUGCUGGUAAAGGUGUUUAAAUUCAAUGCAAAUUCAGGGUAUUAGGAUCUACCUGUGCCGAUUGUUUUUUGUUUAAAUCAUCUGACUUUACUCCAAUAAAGAAAUUCAGAAAGUUUUGUGCAAAACAAAGUUUAUUUAUGCAAUCCUGCUCUGUGGCACUAGUUGUGUAGAAAUUACACACUUCAGCUUUAAAUAACAUGUUACAACAAGGUUUUUAUUAACAUUAGUGAACUAUAUUAGUUAACAUGAACUAACAACAAACAAUACUCUUACAGCAUUUAUUAAUGUUAAUAUCAACAUGUACUGAUGCAUUUUUCAAAUUAAAAGUUUUAUGUUCACAUUAGUUAAUGCAUUAUGAAUUAGCAUAAACUAACAAUGAAAAAAUUUGUAAAUUAACAGUAACCAUAUAUAUUACCAUUUUUAUCAAUGCUGUGAAAACAUUUGUUCAAACGUUCAUUGUUUGUGAUACCUAAUGCAUUUACUAAUGUCAAUGAAUAAAACCUUAUAAAGUGUUAACAGACAUUUACAUGACUUUACACG